AGGAGGCGGAGGAGGAGGAGGAAGAGGACAGGUCUCUACAUCUCCAGACAGUCCGAUCAAGACACCGAAGCCGAGUUUACGCAUCGGGGAGGGCGGCACCGCCGGCGCGUGCUUGUCUACUAAAGGCUUUAACUUACUCUGACAGUCUCGUGUUAAUUGGUGACGUGCUUUAAAGACUUCUGGAAGAGAUAAGGGGAAACUUGCCGUCGCCUUUCCAUCCGGAGGUUACGCAGUUUUUUUUUUUUCUUCAUUUAGUAGAGAGCAUUUCGCCAACUUAACGCGCAACUGUCUCUCGUAAAAUAGUUAAAAGGGGAAUUGUUAUUGUAGAUUCCCUUCUCGCAGACGCAGCAACAUUAAGUGAGUGAAGUUGAGUCACAGCGGAUAGGGAUCGGGAUAUUUACGCGGCCCGCGGUCACGUUUGGAGAAAGUCUGAAUCGUCUGGAUCAGGCUUUAUAAUCAGAGCAUUCAUGGUCCAGUAAUUUGGAAGGCACGCGGAGGGAGAGAACGGGAGGGCGCGCGACAGAGACAGAAAGUGAGAAAAACGAGAGAGAGAGAGAAAAAAAAAGACUUUCGGGAAACUUCGAGUUGUGUUUGCCUCGCACAUCCAGGUGUCCCGCCGAGCGGUGCGCAGUCUCCAGCUCAGGCAGGGAGCGCUGACAUGCUGCCCAAAGUCGAGACUGAAUCUUUGGGACUCACUCGAUCGUAUGGGGAACAGGGGCACAUGCCAAGGAACAUGCAAGCCCCCCAGUUAAAAAUGAUGGACUACUCCUAUGACGAAGACCUCGACGAGAUGUGCCCCGUGUGCGGGGACAAGGUUUCCGGGUAUCACUAUGGACUCCUGACCUGCGAAAGCUGCAAGGGUUUCUUCAAGCGCACCGUCCAGAACAACAAGCGUUACACGUGUAUAGAGAACCAGAGCUGCCAGAUUGACAAGACCCAGAGAAAGCGCUGCCCGUACUGCCGCUUCCAAAAGUGCCUCACUGUCGGCAUGAAGCUAGAAGCUGUGCGAGCAGACCGCAUGCGUGGCGGCCGUAACAAGUUUGGCCCCAUGUACAAACGCGACCGUGCCCUCAAGCAGCAAAAGAAGGCGCUGAUCCGAGCAAACGGCCUGAAGAUCGAGGCCAUGAGCCAGGUGAUGCAAGCCGUACCCACCGACCUCACUAUCUCCUCCGCCAUUCAGAACAUCCACUCGGCGGCGUCCAAAGGCCUUCCUCUUAGCCACCACGCCGUCCACCACACCAGUCACCACCACCACCACCACCACCAUCAUCAUGCCACGGCCUUGCCCCCUACAGACUACGACCGCAGCCCCUUUGUUACUUCUCCCGUCAGCAUGGCGAUGCCGCCCCACGCGGGCAGCCUGCAGGGCUACCAGGCGGCCUAUGGACACUUCCAGGGCACACGCACCAUCAAGUCCGAGUAUCCAGACCCGUACACCAGCUCGCCAGAGUCCAUCAUGGGCUACGCUUACGUCGACGCCUACCAGUCAGGCUCACCGCCCAGCUUCCCACACCUGAUCGUAGAGUUGCUAAAAUGUGAACCCGAUGAGCCACAGGUUCAGGCAAAGAUCCUGGCCUAUCUACAGCAGGAGCAGGCCAGCCGAGGCAAGCACGAGAAGCUCAACACGUUUGGGCUGAUGUGCAAGAUGGCCGACCAGACGCUCUUCUCUAUCGUGGAGUGGGCACGCAGCAGCAUUUUCUUUCGUGAACUUAAGGUGGAUGACCAGAUGAAGCUGCUGCAGAACUGCUGGAGUGAACUCCUCAUACUGGACCAUGUUUUCCGGCAGGUGGUACAUGCCAAGGAGGGCUCUAUCCUGUUGGUCACAGGCCAGCACGUUGACUAUGCAGUGAUUGCUUCGCAGGCGGGCGCCACACUCAACAAUCUGUUGAGCCACGCCCAAGAGCUGGUAGCCAAACUCCGCUCCCUGCAGCUGGACCAAAGGGAGUUCGUUUGCCUCAAGUUCCUGGUCCUUUUCAGCCUCGACGUGAAGAACCUGGAGAACUUCCACCUGGUGGAGAGCGUCCAGGAGCAGGUCAACGCGGCGCUGCUGGACUACGUCAUGUGCAACUAUCCCCAGCAGACUGACAAGUUUGGCCAGCUGCUCCUUCGGCUGCCGGAGAUCCGAGCCAUCAGCCUGCAGGCCGAGGAGUACCUUUAUUACAAACACCUGAACGGCGACGUGCCCUGCAACAACCUGCUCAUCGAAAUGCUGCACGCAAAACGAGCUUAACGGCCGGACUUUCCUGAUGACUCAUGCUGCACCUGCAAGGACGUUUGUAAAAACUCAUCCACGUGUUUUUUUGUUGUUUCCAAACCCAAACCUUCGGCUUGACUGAGAAGAUGAGAGAGGCGGCAAGCUUAAAGUGUCAAAAACUCUUAUUUAUACGGAGCUCAUUUCGAACUUGAUCAUUCAGAGACUAAAGAGUGUGCAUAGACAAACAGCAGUUAGAUUGCUUUAUUGUAAAAAAUAAAAAAAAAAGACUGCAAGAAGACUGUUCUCUUCAGCUGUACGGCAGAAAAAUAACAUUUUCAAGGGCAAAGAGAAAAAAAAUAAAACCCCGCUUGAAACAAACUCCACAUUUGACACUACAUGAUGAUUUCUGCUCAAGCAGGACCACGAGACUGGAGGGUUACAAGUUGAAGCCUUCUGAAAAUAAUAAAACACGGAUUUCUGCAGAGAAAAGGAGGUUGAAUAACACUGCCCAUCUUUCAGUAAGCUUUGUAGCAACAGGUCGACGAUGCUCGCGCGUGUUCUACCACUGAAGCUGGGCUUCCAGCUGCCGUCGGUACUGGAAAGUCAAACGGACACGCGGCCAUCCAGGCGAGUGACUCUGUUUUCCAAUCUCCCAGGUGAAGCAGCUUGCACCAACAGAGAAGAUGAAAUAUGAAUAAAGGUUAAAAAAAAAAUAAAGGAGGAAAUAUUUUUCUUUUGUAUUAGCUACUCACGGUCCCCUUGUUACCUUAUUCCCCAUCCUAUGAGUAAUCUUUAAGGAUCUUUACCUCAAAAAGACCGGUGGUAGAUUGAGCCCUCUUAAUAAAGUCAGCAUAAAUAAUCACGUUCAUAGCCCAAUGUUUUUUUAUGCAGCAAACACCCUUUCUUUUUAUUAUUUCACCGAAACCUGCAACAAAACGAGUCAUGAUUCCAGAGACGGAGGGGAAUCGAUCCUGCCUUCCCUCAAAAAGACCAAAGCCUGCUGUAGAAGACGGGAAGAAAACGACUAAAACCUUAAUAAUCAGUGUUACAAGCGGAAAAGAAAACAAAUUGUGAUGACAGUUAUGUGAGUCCUGCCUUAUUUCAUUACCAUGCUAGCUAACCGUGCAGAUGUGAAUGAAAAUAUGUACAAAUAUAUAAAUAUAUAUAUAUAUAUAUAUAUAUAUAGAAAGUAUUAAUGUUGUAAAAAAAAAUAAAAAAAAGAAUAAUUCAACAGGUGUUUACAUUCAUGUUGUCAUAUGGGAGAGAACUGUGAUGAAGCUUAACCCGCAAAGCAAUGAUUUCCUAAAAAACAAAACAAAACAAAAAAAAAAAGAAAAGAAAUCAUCAAAAUGAAGAAAAUGGUUUCUCCGGUGUGUUUGCUUUGGUUUGUGUACAGUGUUUACUCUUGUUUUAUUUCUCUAAACAGUACUUAAAUUAUGUCGUGAGACACUAAAAUCAAAGAGGAAUCACACAGUUUCAGUUUUUUUUGUUUUUUUUAUCAGCAAUGUUGUCUAAAGAUUGUGUUUUCCUCUCAGCAUUUUAUUUGUAAAUCCCUUCUUUUUAUUUACAAUUCUUUAAUUUUUUUUUUAAUGUACAGUAUGUCACUGGUUACGCUUACUAUUGAAGAUAAUUUAUUGCGUCGCUGGGUCUCCAUCUUUGUGUUACAUGACGUGAGGUGUCCACGCCAAAAUAAAUUUGUUUACUGUA